AGCCACACGUGAUAGACAGCUCCCCGCCCCCGGUACAUGCGGGUUUCAGUCGCCGCCUUUCCCGGGACGGUGUCCCGCCGCCUUGUCUGGACCACGUUGUGUUGCAUAAGGCUCGGACCUUGGUGCACGGGGCAAAUCCGACAGCAUGCUCUGCUUGCGUCACUGCGCCCACAGAGUGCUCCCCCGCCUCUCAGGAGGACUGUCCCCCUCGCGACGAUGUUGCAGCCUGGCGGAGCUUGCACGCAAGCGGUGGGCUGUCCCGGCCGGGCAGCUGAAGAGGCAAAGCGUCGGGUCGGCCUGGCCGAGGGUUGCCGCUCCCCUGAGCACCACCACCUCGCUCUGCUUCUGCCUCAGCGGCAGCCCGAGGAGCAAAAGCUCCAAAGCUGACGUCGACCUCACCUACUCGCCGGUGACCAUGACGGAGAUCCGCCAGUACCUCCGCGCCAAGGGCAUCCCAUUCUACGACGGCUUCAGCUGCCUCCACGUCCCUAGCCUGUUCGUGGGCAAGGUGUUUGACUCGGACCAGACGGAGAAGGAGACCUUCUCCCUUUUCAUCGACAAGACCACCGGGCAGUUUCUGUGCAAGGACACGCUGCUGGAAGGCAGCUGGGAGGACUUCCAGGACUGCCUGGAAGUGAUGCAGAAGGAAGGGUGGGAUAACCUGGGCCCGGAUGUCCUACUGAAGGUGCCAGAGAGCGACUGGGAGCUCAGUGCCCAGGAGAUGGAUCUGAGGGAGGUUCAGCAGAUCUGGACUAAAGCCACGGCCUUCUCCAGCAUGGAGGAGGAGGAAACCCAGCUGGUUAAAGCCAUGUUCGGCAUUUCGAAAGUUACCAAUCAGACGCUGAAAAAUAUGUGCGUGAGGUACUUCAAGCCCACCAAGAGCUUGGUCUUCCCCUGGUUUAGCUGGAGGGACUCGAGCCUGAAAGGGUUAAAGCUGCUCUCGACGGAACAAGACGGCCACCAGGUCAACUACGUUGCGACGACCCUGCCGAAGCCCAGCGAUUACAACAACCUCUUCGGGCUCCACCUCCUGACGAGGAAAGACACCACGCUCGUCCUGACCAGCAAGGAGACAGACUGCCUGGCGGUGGUCAGUGCCACCGGCCUGCCCUGCCUCUCCUUGCCCCGGGGCGUCAGCUGCCUGCCCCCUGUCCUCCUCCCGUACCUGGAGCAGUUUCGGAAGGUGGUGCUGUGGCUGGGUGGCGACCUCCUGGCCUGGGAGGCCUCCAAGAUCUUUGCCCGCAAGCUGAAUGUGAAGCGCUGCUCCCUGGUGCGUCCCGGCGACAGCCAGCCCUGCCCCCGCGAGGCCCUGGCCGCCGGCCUCAACCUGGGGAAGAUUGUGAAGGGCGCCGUCCCUGCUGGCCACAAGUCCAUUAUUUCCUUCCGGCAGCUGCGGGACGACGUGUUCGGGGAGCUGGCCAAUGCUGACCAGAUCUCUGGCAUCAAGUGGCAGCGGUUCCCCGACCUCAACAAGCUGCUCAAGGGCCAUCGCAAAGGGGAGCUGACGGUUUUCACAGGUCCAACAGGCAGCGGGAAGACCACCUUCAUCAGCGAGUGCGCCCUGGACCUCUGCAUCCAAGGGGUGAACACCCUGUGGGGAAGCUUUGAGAUCAGCAACGUCCGCCUGGCCAAGAUCAUGCUGACUCAGUUCGCAAUGCAGCGCCUGGAUGAUCAGCUGGACAGCUAUGACGAGUGGGCUGACAAGUUUGAGAACCUGCCGCUGUUCUUCAUGACAUUUCACGGCCAACAGAGCAUCAAGUCAGUCAUCGACACAAUGCAGCAUGCGGUCUACAUGCAUGACAUCACUCAUGUUGUUAUAGAUAAUUUACAGUUCAUGAUGGGACAGGAAUACCUCUCUGUUGACAAGUUUUCCGCGCAGGAUUACAGCAUUGGAAUGUUCCGGAAGUUUGCCACGGACAAUAGUUGCCACGUGACUCUGGUCAUCCACCCGAAAAAGCAGGAAGAUGAUAAGGAGCUGCAGACGGCUUCCAUCUUUGGAACGGCCAAGGCCAGCCAGGAGGCUGACAAUGUGCUCAUCCUUCAGGACAAGAAGCUGAUCUCGGGUCAGGGGAAGCGUUACGUGCAGGUAGCGAAGAACCGCUUUGACGGAGACCUGGGUGUCUUCCCACUGGAGUUCAAGAAGGCCUCGCUGACCUUCUCUGCCGUCAAGAGCAAAGCCAAGCUGAGAAAGGUGGAGGAGGAGGACAAUGCCACAGCUGCAGAGAAGCCCGUCAAACCCGCCAAGCCCCGAGAGAAGAAGGUGAGGCCACGGGAGGAGCCUUCAUCUUCCCAGGAGAAGUGAGCAGACCCGUGGGCUCGGACUGUGCCCGAUGCACCAGCUUACUGGCGACGACUCACCUCUGCCAUUGUGGUGGGACCUGCCGGGAAACCACAUGGGUGUUCAGUGCAGAAUGGGAUCUUGGACUGUCCCUUGUGCACGACAACCGUGGAGACUCGGAAUAGUCAUCCAGCAGGUUACCGCUGGUGAUGUUGGAAAAUUGACAGAACUUUCAAAAUAAAUUGAAGCACUUUGAAUUGUUUAAAAGGCAUCUGUCACUCACCAGCCUUGUUUUACGUGUGUGGGGUGGACUCUCGGCCAAUUCUAGGCACCCCUCCUGAAAGCCUCUCUCGAUGUGAAGGCUUUCGUUCGUUUCUCAGUGGUAGGAUGGAGGACUUGCAUUUGUUUAGCACGGCUCAGCCUCCGGACCUCCCAAGCUGUUCUACCACUGGUGAAUUACUUGUGACUUGGAAGCACUCCCGUUGUGUUUGUUGCCCAGUUGUGCAUUGGAUGCUCCACAAGCAGUAACAAGAGGGGUGAUCUGUCUUGGUGAAGUUGGUUGAGGGCUGAUAAUUGGACUAGAAUCCAGAGGCAAACUCACCAGAAUCAUCUUCUGGGAUGUUUUAUCUGGGGGAUCCUGCUUUAGUCUGAGCUCUGUAAGAAGCAGAUAGUCUUUCUGGGGUCACUAGUGUCAAUUGCUCUGGAGGUGUUCAGAAUUAACUGCUCUGCCUGAGACUGAAGUUAUAUUUUGGCCAGACUGAACAUAGAACAGUACAGCACAGGAACAGGCCCUUUGGCCCACUGUAUGCAUGCCGACCAUGAUGCCGGUUUAAUGUCAUCUGCCUGCAUGUGGUCUAUAUCCCUCCCUUCCCUGUCUGUUCAUGUGUCUGUCUAAUGCAUCUUAAACGUUGCUAUCCUAUUGUUUCUGCCACUCUCCCUGGCAGCUUGUACCAGGCACCUCCCACACUCUGUGUAAAACAAAACCUUGUCUUGUAAAUCUCCUUUAAACUUUCCCUGUCUCACCUUUAAAGCUAUUUAACAUUUCCACCCUGGGGAAGAAAGACUCUACCCUAUCUAGACCUCUCAUAAUUUUAUGUACUUCUGUCAGGUCGCCCCUCAGCCUCCGCUCCGGAGAAAACAAUCCAGGAUUGUCCAACCUCUCCUUAUAGCUAAUACUCUCUAAUCCAGUCAACAUCCUGGUGAACUUCCUCUGCACCCUCUCCAAAGUCUCCACAUCCCUUCUAUAAUGUGGCGACCAGAACUACACACAAUGCCACAAAGUCCCACAGUACUGGGACAGUUGUUCCCCCUGAACCACGGUUGUGAGGCAUUCUCGAUCAUGUUGCUUCUGUUCUCUGCAGGUAGCCCACACUUUAACAAAGUUAUCAGGUUUAGUCUGGUAACUAACUUGUGAUGUUUGGCUUGCUGACCCAGUGAUGUGAUCGGUGCAGUCUUGAGAGGUUUUGUUUGUUAAUGGCAACUCUUUUUAAGUACAUCGGAUUCGCAGGAGACUGCAGAUGCCAGAACCUGGAGCAACAGACACCCUGCCGGUGGAACUCAGCGGGUCAAGCAGCAUCUGUGG